CGCAUUUGUCCAAACAGUUGAGUCUCGACAUCGACAGCAUUCGCGCGCGCCCUCCCAGAAGUAGCUCGAAAAACAUCCAAGGAAUACCAAGAUUUUUGGCAGAUUAUACGGACAUUUUCGCUAAAUUUAUUUGAAUUCAAAUAGCCAGCAUGUCUCACGCAGCAGCAGCAAAUGGUAGCAGUCCCUCGCCUGCGCCCGCUUCCGAGGCCCCUGUGGCGGAGCUGGCCCAACUGGCACUGGAGGAGGAGGCGGCGGUGGCGGCGGUGGCGGCGCCCAAAGUGAGCCUAUCGGAUCAGUUCAAGGCCUUCUCCAAGUUCGGGGACACCAAAUCCGAUGGCAAGCUGAUCACGCUCUCGCAGAGCGACAAGUGGAUGAAGCAGGCGAAGGUGAUCGACAAGAAGAUCACCACCACCGACACGGGCAUCCACUUCAAGAAGUUCAAGGCCCUGAAGAUCUCUCUGACGGACUACAACAAAUUCCUCGACGAUCUGGCCAAGACGCGCAAGGUGGAGCUGGCGGAGAUCAAGCAGAAGUUGGCCGGCUGUGGGGCUCCGGGUGUGGCCCAAGUUUCCGCUGGAAAGGCUGCGGCUGCUGUGGACCGGCUGACGGACACCAGCAAGUAUACGGGCUCCCACAAGGAGCGCUUCGAUGCCACAGGCAAGGGCAAGGGCAUUGCCGGCAGACGCAAUGUGGUCGAUGGUUCUGGGUAUGUCAGCGGGUAUCAGGCCAAGGACACUUACGAUGGAGCCCACUAAAGGGUCAUCGGCAGUCCAUCCCAUCCCUUGAUCCCUUUCUUCGUGUCUGUCUCUAAUUUAUCCCUAAAUUUCUAAUUUCUAAUGUCUAAUGGUAGCUGCAAUUAUUUAUCGUUUACCUUUUUGUAUAUAAUAUAAGUUGUGAUAAUUUAAGUGCUUAAAAAAUAAACUGAAUAAUUUUCAACAUUUCUUUUUGAGUUUUUUGAUUAUCAUUUCCGUUGAGUUAUUCUCCUUCGAUACGUAAUCCUACCCUCUAAAAGCGGCCCACAAACAGUUCAAAAAGAGUUGAAUGUCCAACCGAAAACCGAAUUACAUUUAUAACUUAGAGAUCCGAAGAUCCACAGACCCACAGAUCCAUAUAUAUCAUAUUUCAUAUUUCUAGUCCUAAGAUAUAAGCCGAACAUUUUUAAUAUGAAACUUUGUGAGAUGAGAGAAAUUGUAUAAUCAUAUAAAGAAGAUAUACCAAAGACACAUACAGACAUACACACAUACGUAUGCAUAUGACAUAUUGGAGUUGGAGUGGAUAUACGAAUGUGUUCUGGUUUUUCAUAAGAUUUUUGCUUGAAUAAAUACAAAUAAAAUUACCAUAA